AGUUUGAAAAUGAGAGCCGUGUUUCAAUAGCGUUGAAAGUUUUUUUUCAGUCAUUAAAUCAGUUAGAAAAUCAGUUCAAUCUUAUAUAUUGUGCACGGUGAUAAAAUUUAUAGUGCUAUGUGAAUUGAAUUCGGCAGAAAAGUGCUAACAUAUAUAUUUAUUGUGCGGUUAAUAGAAUAACAAAAAAAAUAAACCUUUCAGUGAUUUACGAUGGUAGUCAACUCCGGGGAAAGUUUAUUUGAUUCUCUAUUACGAUAACAAAUUUGAGUAAUUGGUAUUCUUUAACCAGUAGACUGCUACAAUAUGUUAUAAUUUAAUAAAAAUAUGGCGUACAUAACCAAAUCAUUAACAAUUGUGAUAACGUUAAUGUCAUUAUGUAAAACUGUGAUUAUGGGCUCCUACGAAUAUAGUUACAAUCCAUACGCUAAGGAGUAUACAAAAAACAUUUAUCUGAAACAAGGUGAGUUAAGAGGAAUAAUAGUGGAACCUAAAAUCGACCGAGAGGAUAGUUAUCGCGUAGGUGUGUAUCGAGGUAUUCCUUACGCGGCGCCUCCAGUUGGUGAUUUGAGAUUCAUGCCAACUGCUGGCGCACCUUCUUGGUUUGGAGUUAAAUACGCUGACACCUUUGGACCAGUUUGUCCACAAAAGUUUCCAGAUGAGAGGAAAAUGCCAUCGUUUAGGAAAGAAUAUUUUCUCAAAUUGAAGUCAUACCUGCAAAACCAGAGCGAGGAUUGCUUGUAUUUGAAUAUUUAUGCUCCUCUAACAGAGCAAGAUCCAGCUUCAAGGAAGUAUCCUGUGAUGGUAUACAUACACGGUGAAUCAUUUGAAUGGAAUUCAGGAAAUCCUUACGAUGGCUCUGUUUUAGCUGCAUAUGGUAAUGUUAUAGUUGUAACAUUAAACUUCAGAUUGGGUAUAUUGGGGUUUCUGAAAGCUGGUACCGAAGAUACCUCUCGAAGUAAUUUUGGACUGGUAGACCAGAUAGCUGCGCUCAUCUGGAUAAAAGAUAAUAUAGUUGCUUUUGGAGGAGACAGCAAUUCUGUGACGUUGUUUGGACAUGGUACUGGAGCUGUAUGUGCUAGUUUGUUGAUGAUAAGUCCAAUGAUCAUCAUGGGAAAUGAUCGUUUAUUUCACCGAGCUAUUCUAAUGGGAGGUACGGCGCUGGCAGAUUGGGCGUUAGCCGGUAAUCCUGGCGAGGUCACGUAUCAAGUAGCAAAAGCACUUAACUGUCAAAUACAUGAUGAUUUCGCAGAGUGUUUGCGAAGAAAAAGGUUGGACGAAAUCAUGACCGCGGCAGCAAAUACUCGAGACUACAAAACACGGUUUGGUCCACUAGUAGAUUCUCUAGUGGUACCAAACGAUCCAAAGAAAUCUAUGACUCAGUACAAUGAUAUUUUUCGCAGAUUUGAAUUAUUGUACGGAGUAACAGAAAUCGAAAGCAUAAAUCUGUUGGACCCCGUAGCGUUAAGCCAAGGGCUCCUCUUAAAAGAACGCGAUCAAGAGCUCCGCACAUACUUCCGUUCCCGGUGUGAAAUUAAGCCGGAACUCUGCUUGCAACGAACGCUCGAUGAGUACGGAGCAAACGACAUUUCCCAAACAUAUAAGGCGAACGAUCCAGUUUACGGUUAUAGGGCUCACGAACCCGAUCAGGCAUCACAGGCUAGAGAUACUCUACUUGAUAUCUUAUCCGACGCUCGUUCUGUGGCGCCGCUGGUGCAAAUGGCGAGAUAUCACGCUACAGUCAACAUGCAGUCUUAUUUUUAUGUCUUUAAGCACAAAACACAUUCUAGAGAGUAUAUAAGAGACAAGACUUACAAUGGUGAGGAGUUACCGUACGUUUUUGGGGUUCCUUUAGAUGGACCAAAGUUUCAUUUCGUCGACUCUUACACCGAGCAGGAACGUUUGUUUUCGGAAAUAGUUAUGAUGUAUUUCUCCAACUUUGCGGAAACGGGAAAUCCUAAUGUACCCAGGAGAGAACAUUUCAGUAGCUUGAGUCCGGCUUAUUGGACUCAAUUCGAUGUGGAAUGGCCUGAGUUCGAUACCAAAGACGAGAAAUUUUUGGAACUAGAAAUUCCUCCACAACCACAAAUGCACUACAAGAAACAGAAGAUGAAAUAUUGGAACGACAUAUUUCCGACAAUAACAGAAAACCUUACUUUCCAUUUACACCCAAUAUCGCAUCCUACUACGAAACCAAUAUAUGGUGUAUACGGCACUCCAUCAGUACCACGGAGGACACCUCCCCCUUGGUUGUACGAUCAUCUGCCAAACAAAUAUGAAAAUUUCAAUAAGCCUUACAAAAAACCAAACGAAAAUUACGGAGUGGUGAUAACACGCGGUAACGAUCGUCCUGAUAAUAUUGUUGAAACAACUUAUGGGAAAAUUAUAGAAGCUCCUUCGAAAGAAUUGAAACAAAGUUCAACAAUGAAUAUUCUUUCAGUUGCAGGAGGUCUUUUUCUUGUGGCAAAUCUCAUCCUAUUCGUCAUUUUGUAUUUCAAAUGCUACAAAAAGAAAAAUCAACCAUCGAAAGAUGAUGAUAUCAGUCAACCAACUGAUAAUGAGAAAAAGGAAAAAGAUAAUGAAGCUUUCGUUUUAGAUGGAUGCAAUAUAGUAAGAAUGAUAGGUAAAUCUUCUAAGGGCGAUGACAGUUAUGAAGCAGUUAGACCUGAAUCAUCCCCAAACUAUGAACUUAGUAGACAAAUGUCUGGUAGUACUAUUGACGCUCAUACCAAAGUACGCGAAUGGAUAACACAAGAAAUCAUACAAAAAUAUAGUCCUAAAAUAUUCAGGAGAAAUCGACAUGGAGUCAAUAGUAGAACAACGCCAGUUGAGUUCAAAAUUACCACGGAAAGUAAAAAGUCGGUGACUCAACCUUCUACAGUACCUCCAGAAGUUAUUCCUAAGACCUCAACUAUACGAAGACCAAAACCUCCUAAAGUAUCCGUAGAAGUUGAUGCUACGCCAUCUGGAAGAGGACCAAGCGUUUUAAUGCAACAACCAAUUGAAUUGUCAAAAUCCCUUGAUUAUUCGCAUUUAAAAUUUGAGAACGAAACCCCAUUGAGAAGAUCUUUGACUUUGGAAGACUUUUCUUUAAGACCUAUGGAAAAUAUAAAAGGGCUCACAAGAAGUACUAGUACUAUAAGUGUCAAAACUGCUGACAUUGAACCGACUAUUAUAAAAAUACAACACAAACAUUCAGCUUCUGAUCCAGUACAGGAUUUAGAGUAUACAACUAAAAGAAAGUUGAAAACGUUUGAUUCAAAUGCCGAUAUAAAUGUAACAUCGAGAGAUGAUCAUAAUAUAGUAGCAGCACCUCUCUCUCCUGAAGAAUCCUUAAAAAUAAUUAAAAGAAGAAAUUUUCCAAAGGUACUACCAGAUCAUCCGGGAAGAGCGGCACUUAUCACUAAGAGAAGAUCCAUGCCUAUACCAUAUACACAUCCUUUCCCGGAAUUCAAUAAAUUUCCUCCUGUGCCACCUCCGAGGACUUCAACCCUCACUAAGCAGUCGAGUGCUCCCCACCCAGUCUUCAUAUCUGAACCAACGUUAGCAGAAGAGCCAGAGGAGGAACCGGAAACCGUUUGUAAUAACCUCUAUGUAGGUCCUCUAAUACCCAGAAGUAAGACUGAUAUAAAUAAAGAAAAACCUGUAACUGAGAAAGAUUGUAAGCCGUCACUUAUUGAACCAGUAUAUGCCAGUAUUACUCCAAAAACAAAAACAGUUCCCAAUGUUAAAAGACUUGAUCCUAAAGUGAUUAUAAAACCAACAAUUAAUCGAAAGCUUAGCGACGAUAAACCCACUAAACAUGUUCCGAGGGUAGUUGUGCCAGAUAAUCAACCGUACAUGCAAAGUCAUAUCACCGAAACAAAGACUGAAAAUAAAUCUGAACAAAUUAAAAAUAAGAGUGAACAAGAGAAAAAAGAUACGAGUUCGGAAAAGAGGUCACAAAUUCCAAUGUUAGUGAAAGCACCUACCAAUCGGCUCAAUCCACAAUCACUUAGUUCAGAUUCUACACCAACUUCUGAAGAAUCAGACACGGGGACCGUUGUCAAGAAAAUCUAAGUGUAUUAUUUUUCUUUCAUGCAUACAAAUAUCACGUUUGGAUAAACUAGGAUAAAAAAUACAUAAUAGGAAAAAGCAUUAAAAAAAAUGAAAAUAAAAUACCGUCUGUUAACUUAUUUUAGUGGAGAAACUGUCUCAUAACCUCGAAGCUGUUAGGAUAAUUUUAUUACAACUUUGCUUCAUGUUCACAAUGAAUUGAAACGUUAAUUAUGAUAUUCGAACACAUCAAAAAUCACUUACUGAUCCUCUAAAAGUUUCCAAUGUUAUGAGUAUCGAUAAUUUCUAUAUUGUUAACUUAUGAUUUGGGACACUCUAUAGUUGUAAUACGUUAUUUCCAAGUGACACUCAGUGAUUAUCCUAAUUUACCAAAAUUGAGAAUGGUCGUCUGUUAGCCCUAUAAUCAUGCUAAUGAUUAGUACUCCAGGAAAGAAGGCAAUAUCCACAAAAAAUGGAUUUCAAUAUGUUUUAUGUAUCACAAAAAUUAUUCUCCCAGAUAAUCAGCAGAAGAAUUUGAAUAAGUUGACUUGUUUUUUGUAUGCAACUGUGCCCAUCUUCCCUAUCGUGAAAGACCAGUGAAGCUGUGUCUGACGGGGAAAAUGCAUUUGUGCAUUGUGCUUGGAUUCAAAAGUUGACUGACUUCCACUACCAACUAAAACCUCCAUCUUUUCUUCCAAACACUAACUUGGAACUGUUUGAAAUAAAAGUUGAAAAGUUCCCAGAAAAACUAUAGCCAGGUUAUUAAUGAAAACUCACAAUCAAACUUCAGUUAUCAUUAACAAAGUGUAAUAUCAAAUAAAUGAAGAUUGAUAUAUCAUUGGUUGAAAUUGAGUCAACUUCUUUUGAUCUCAUUACUUCUAUCAUGAAUUGGAAUAUCAUUUGCGGUGAUUUGUUGGAUACAGGUGAACAAGAUAUCUGUAUGAUUGUAUGGAAUUCCUUUUAUAAGGAUAUCCCUCAAAGUCGGUAUAUAUACAUGAAAACCUAGACCAUAAAAGACCACAUACCUGAAAGUCUUAUCAUGCCAGAGAAAUAGCAUCGAUAGGUACUACGGUGUAAAUCAUAUUUCACUCACAAUUGUAAUAAAUAUAGUAAGGAUCAAGGUAAUAUUUUGAAGCAAUAAGAAUAAACUCGUACAUACUAAAAAUUAUACGCCUAAAGUUUGUAUCAAUAUAACGUUUGGAUAAUCAUAUAUGUUAUCAAAUCAUAAUAUUUAUUGUGAACUUUGGUACACAGGUGAUAUAUCGAUCUAUAUAAAGCAGCUUGAGGCCAACUAAUAGAUAUAAUUAUGUAUUGUAUUUAUAUUAGACCUAGAUAUAUGUUUGAUUUUAACAAUUUCAAAUACAAGGUGUUCACAAAUAGAAA